AUGAGUGAUUGGGAUGAUUUGUUUGGAGACAAUAUGGAUGUUGAAGAGGAUGAUUUGGGUGGACAACCAGGAACUUCAUUACGACCACCUAGCGCGAUGUCGAUUAACGGUACAAGUGACUCGCCCCAGCCUGCUCCUGCUACCCCGUCCCCCCCAGCCACGAAACACACCAGCCUCCGCCCCGUGACGCCCCGCUGCCAAUGGACGCUCAUGGACAAAGCCCUGGCUGAUCUGAGCACAAGACCCGACAGCAAUGCGUCCUUGUACUUUAAUCAGAUUGCCCGUUAUGACCGGGAGACUUUUACCGGAAAGCAAACUUGGGCGACUACCAAAGCGUCUGGACCACUUCCAGCAUUGUUUGUGGAUCAAGUAUUUGCAGCAGCGAGCCCAGUUAUUGUCAAUGUAUCUGGAGGGUCUGGUGAUCAAGUCACGGAAGAGGGUCUCGAGGAGGAUGAGCAAACCCCAAUCACACGAGAGAACCAAGGGAAAUACAUGCCUGUGCCAUUAGUCCUGCGUGGUGAAACUGGGAAACUCUACAUGUGGGCUCGGGGAAUGGAUCAACCUCCCAGCUCACACAGUGGACACGUUCACAUUUGGCACAAUGUGCAUGCGAUCAACGUCAGCGACGACGUGGUCGGGAUGUGCCAACUUCGCGUCACCAUGACGGAUUUACUCCCAUCAAAGCUCAAAAUUUGA